AUGGAAGUGGCCCCUUUGGCACUGGCCCACACCCAUGCGCGGAACGCAGUGCUAGAGACUCGCAAGGCCAACCCAGUCGCUGCCAGCGAAGAGCAUGAUCUAGCUGCUGGUGAAUUUGCAACAGCUGCACAGACUAGCUCCGACCAUGAGGCCCUACGGACUCUACGUUUACUCGAAACACACCACAAGAAGCUCGCUGAAAUCCUCCGAUUCCAGCAUGAAAAUCCAACCACCAUCCUUGCUGAAACAACAGCUACUACUCCCUCCUCUACAUUAGCGACCCAGCAGACUGCAGUCGAGUCCGGGGGCACGAAAAGUGCAAGCGCGAACCAGGAUGCGCACCUGCCACCAAGAUUGGUGGGCACCGCUCGUAUCCCAAGUCGGGAUGCGUCCUCUAUCGCUAGUAACCUAGCUUCUGCCCGAGGAAUCCCGUCGCACCCCCGGCGUGGAUCGCCAGUAUCGCCAACACUCACAUCGCAACAUGUCGCAGCAAAGAUGACCGAAGCACCACCGAGGGCUAUGUCCGGCGAGACAAGGCUCCGUGACGGACCGACCAAAAAUCGACACAGUCGUGUUCCUGCGCCUAGACAACCAUGGUCUCCUCCGACACCCAGUUCCACCGAGGUGAUUUCCCAGAAAAUUGUAUCUCAUGGUGCAGCUGAAUCUGGCGGAUCGAAAAAUAAGCCUGCAAUUGCCGAUGAGGCAUUCAACCGCUUCUACUCAGCCUUCGGAGGGCUGGUCUCUAAGGUAUCGGGGCCUUUGGCAUUCGCAGGGAUUCAAAUAGGGUCUACGGAUCCAACUAGCGCUGAACAAAGCCGCAAAUCCUCAGCUGAGGUGAAACUGGACCGCGAGCAUGCUGUUCUAGACAGGUCCAUGACUGCCGGUGAGCCCGACGUAAACAAACUCUUCUCUCGAGCUGCAUUGCGGUCGAUUCGGGAUGGCUCUGGGGCAGGUCCUGGGAACCCAGCAGAGUCAUUCUACGUAGUCCCAACCACAGGUGGGACUAUGUCAUACGCAGGAAUCCUCACCCGAGCUGAAAAGCAGGCACGCAGGAACAGCAUUGAGGACGGUGAUGAUGACUUUGUGGAUGCGCGAGAGACCCCCGCGUCUCCUGAAAUGCGUCACAGUGCCAGUGGUUCGCGCAUAUGGGCGGCACGCCGCGGCGCAUCCGAUAAGCUUCCUCUGCAGACACAUAAGACAAUGGAAGAAAUGCAGGUGGAGAAUGAGACAUUGCGAGGUUUGACUGACUCACUUGCGACAAGGUUGCAUAUGUGGGAGGUGAGCGCGCAGUCUUCGUCAAUGGCGCUGCAGCAAUCCAUCCGAAUGAUACACCGCCAGAGCGGCGGAACGCCUGAUUGUUCCCAGCCUCCAACGACCACUACCUCCCCUGUUGCUAUGCUGACUUCGCCACCAGCUGUUACUGAUGCACGGAUCAAAGAACUCGAGGAGCAGAUCCGGCUUGCCGAGCAGAAAUUUGAAACUGCUGCUCACGAGAAUGAUAAGCUUAAAAAUGUUCUUGGGCGAUAUCGAGACCGCUGGGAGAAAUUGAAAGAGGGUGCUAAAACUCGGAGAGCGGAGGGUCGCUCGGGUGACAGUACAAGCAAUACCCCUACGAGUGGUGUGAGCAAACCAUCGGAACUCUCGGGCUCUCCGGAUCCUAGUCGUGGUCCAUCUUCUAGUCAAGCAGGGUCUCGUGCUGCAGGUGACAACCCGGCAUAG